ACCGUAUCGUGCGGCACAACUGUAGCUCAUUGUAGAUCGUGAUCGUCGCAUCGAUAGGUCCGAUACCCAUACCCAAGUGCUCCCAGAGUGGCAGUAGUAGUUCACCUAGCGGGUGAAAGUGAAUUGUUUGCUGUGUCAGUAGAACGCAAGCUUGUGCGUGCGUGUUUUUGUGUGUGUAUAUCGAGCCGGUGUGCAGUGUUACCAGUGUGCCACAUCAUGCGUGCCUUCGUAGUAGCGACGAUACUUUGCGUUGGAUUUGUGUCCGCGUACCCGCAGCAAGCGGUCGAUCCGGCGUAUCUGCGCCAGUACUAUCAGCAGAUCGCACAGGCCGCUGGUGCGCAGAAUGCGGCCCAGGGUCGUGCUGAUGCUACGCCAAUCCACGAGCAGGGCGCCCAGGAGCAGCAACACAUCCCGCAGUAUCUGCCACAGGGCCAGCCGCAGCGUACCCAGUACCAGCAGCCACAGGCCAGACAGUACCAGCCCCAGUACCAGCCUCAGCAGAUCCAGUACGUUCAGGAGCAGCAGUACCAGCAGCCCCAGCCCCAGCUGAAGGUGUCCAAGCCCCGACCCCAGUACGUGCAGGGAGGUCAAAAGCAGCAGCUGGAAGAAGAACAGGAGGACUAUGAUGCCAACCCUUCGUACCAGUUCGGUUUCGACGUGAAGGACGAUGAGUUCACCAACUACCAGAACCGCAAGGAGCAGCGCGACGGCAACGUGAUCAAGGGCAGCUACUCCGUGGUCGACUCGGACGGAUUCAUCCGCACCGUCACGUACACCGCCGACCCGAAGGAAGGCUUUAAGGCCGAGGUCAGCCGCCAGCCGACCGACAUCGUGGUCAAGAUCCCGACGCCGGCCCCCCAGUCCCAGCACGACCGUUUCGCUAGUCAGCCCCAGUCGGCCGGUGCGUACCGUGUGCAGCAGCAGCCCCAGCAGCAGCAGGCUCAGCCCCGACCAAGACCGCAGGAGUACUCCCAGUACCAGUAAGGCGGAUCAGCAGGGUGGAUCUCCUCCUUCUCCUCAAACAUCACUACCACGUAAUUUAUGUUGUGUUAGAGACAGUGUCGUGGACUGGCCCUGUCCAUGCGUUCGGUCAAACCUAGACCACAGACUGAAUGUGGAAGUAUCGUAGAAGUAUCGUAUCCUUCCGUGCGUGCUUCCUGGUAGUGAUCAUCUCAAAACCAUUUGCUCGACUACACUAGAGCUAGUAACGUGAAGGUGUCCAUGCGUGUGAAGAUGCGCAACUCCUAAGAAAUUGGCGUCCGUGCGAGCUUCUGUCACUCGCACGGCCGACCCUAUCGCCUGUGGGCACACUAUUCUCACUUGCCCUGUAUCGUAAAGUCAUGAUAUUUAAAAAAAAAUACACAAAACUGUCAAUAAAACUAAUGAUUUAUGUGUA